AUCCACUUCUUGAUCACUCAGCAGUUCCACAAACUCUCUAUAUUUAAGAAAAAAGAAAAAUUCCAUAAACUCUCUCCUUCUCUUCUUCUACAAUUGGGAUUUCAGGAGUCCUUUCAAAAUGCUAAGAGGUUACAGCUCCCGAGAAAGCUCAGAGAAAGGAUUAAUGGUACUUGUUGGGUUGCAAACACUUGUGCAUGUAUCAGAAGGAAAAUCAAAAUCAAAUGUUGUUACAAAAUCUGCAAUGAGAAAAGCACCUCAUCAUCGUCAUCGUCGUCCUCAUCAUCAGUCCACUGAAUCUUGCUAUCUCAAGACUUGUCACUUAUGUAACAAGAACUUGAGCCUAGACAAGGAUAUCUACAUGUAUAGAGGUGACCAAGGCUUUUGCAGCAUAGAAUGCAGAAACAGGCAAAUCGUUUUGGAUGAAAUGAGAGAAUUAGAAGCAUCAACAGUGCAAAUGAGAAAAUCUUAUAACAGGCACUGCAGUUCUGCUGGCAGGCAUGAAACUCGCCUAAUCCUAGAAGAGAUCCGCCGAAGACAUAAGCCAGUUAUAGAUGAUCAUCAAAAAAAGCACUGGGCAAUAGUCUGAUAGUUAACCCACUUCUCCUCUGGUUCUUUUUCUCUGACCGGACUAAACAGAUAUUCAAUGAGAUAAUGUAAAGGAGACAAGAAAAUGACUAGUGGGGAUAUCUUUUGUUGGCCAUUUUGCACUAAUAUUAUGUCAUAGCAACAGAUAAAAAGUGAUAUAUAUCUAACAUUUGUCCCCUUUUCCUUU